AUGGAUGGCUGUAUGGCAACAACAUUUUUUCCUAAAUCUGUUGCUGCUGAACCGUCAGAUAAAGCCGUAUUCCGUAACAAAGUGACAAAACUGCUAUUUCCAUCCGUUCCGUUGAUUGUACCAAAAAGCUGUUUGUCCUCAGUAGUAUCAGAGGUAAAUCGACCAGAUCACCGCAAUGUUCAACUGCCGGUCCACAGCGCUAAUGAUGGUAAGUUGGCAAAAUUUCGGGACCGAUUACUGCAACAACUUCACUCACUUAGAAGACAUCGGCAUGAAGUUGAGAAGCCAAUCUGUACAGCUCUGUCAACCGCUGAUCUUAUUAGGUAA